AUGCAAAUCGACGCAAAGAGUGUCGCACGUGCAGAGGAGGCGCGUCACCAUCGAGCGGAGGACGAUUACCCGCCCGAGUACGACCGGCAGUCUGGCUAUGGCCCGCCGCCAGCCUAUGGCGGCUACGGGCCUCCUCCGGGCUAUGGCUCCUAUGGUCCACCACCCGGCUAUGGACCGCCGCCAGGAUACGGCCCCCCUCCUGGCUAUGGUCCUCCGCCUGGCUACGGACCUCCACCGUACGGCUAUCCCCCUCCUGGCUAUGGACCCCCCGGCGCCUACCCUCCACCCUACGGCCCGCCUUCAGGGCCAUCACCGGGAUAUGGUCCUCCAGGGGGCUCCGGUGGCGCCUCUGGGCGUCAAACUGGGACUCUCAAGUCCUUCAAUCCGAAGCACGGCUUCGGUUUCAUCGACUGCCCGCAGGUGCGGCAUCGCUUUAGCAGGGAUGUUUUCGUCCACAAGGCGCAAAUAGGUGACUUGGAGGUUGGCGAGGAGCUUAGCUUCAUAUUAGACACCAACAAGGAUGGCAUGCCCCAAGCACGGGACAUCCGCCGCAGCGACGGUUCAAAGCCGGGUCCCGGCAAGAAAGGAGGGGAGGAUGCACCCGCUGCGAAUGGUGGUGACCAGGCUGCGAAGAAGCGGCGGAGAGGAGGAAAGGGCAAGAAGAAGCCGGAGGAUGCCACAGGCGGUGAUGGGAAGGCCUGUUCGCAUGCGCAGUUGCUGGCAUUCAUGGAGCCUCAGGGUCUGGACCAUGGCUCUUAUGCUUUCAGACUUCUUUGCCUCCUCAGCGUAGCGGCUGGGGACUUGAAUGUUGAGAGCCUGUUGUCCUCCGGUCGUCGGGCACAAUCUUUGCCGGAAGGGUUCGAGAUCAACGAGACCCUUAACGGCAGUAUCCCGAUCACCGUCAUCCCUUCCUGGGAUAUCUUCUUAGGCUUCAGCGACAGACAGAAGUCCAUCAGUGGAAGGAUGUCCGUGAAUGUGGUCUUUACUGAGGAGGCCGAGGCCCUUGUGGAGCGUCCUGAGCAGAUGGUGGACGUUGUAAACUUUGGUUCUGGCUCUGGUGAUAUCAACAGCUUGGGAAAAGUCAAGCUUUGGGAUCCUGUGGCCGCGCAGACCGCGCUCAGCGUGAACAAGAUCUACGCAGGGGAGUUCUCCCAGUCGCUCUAUCCGUACGACUUGGCAUGUUAUCCCUUCGACAUCAAAAUCAUGCGCUUCAAGAUUGCCUUGCAGGCCCCAUCCAGCGCGUUCUACCGUCUGGCUUUGGGAUGUGUGGGCGAGGACUCAACCAAGCUCAGAGUUGACCCAACUGGUGCAGUCCAAGAGUGUACUUGGCUUGUGAAUAAAAGCUUGGUGAACUUCAAAUGGGAAAAUUUCACCUGCACCAUGGAGAACAGCGCAACGAUGCUCUGCGCGAUGAAAGGAACCAGAGAAUGGGCCGCCCUCUUGAAAACCUACAUGUGGCCAUCCGUCAUCUACGGAUUGAUGGGCUUCAACGCUUUCGCUUUGGGUGUGAAAUUGACCAUGCCCCGCGUGGCCACAACCAUGCUAGCCUUGUUGUCCUUGACAAAUCUGCGGAAUCAGGUCAUUGGUUUGCUGCCAGUCUCUCAAACUACAAGUUGGAUGGAGGAGUACUUCUUGAUUGCGAUCUCCUUCAUGUUCCUCAACUUGCUUGGUCACGCUGCUUCCUUCCACCUUGAUGCUACUGAGCGCCACCACACGCAGAAAAUCGUGAACAAGUUCAACCUUUGGGGAAUGCUUUCGAUAUUCAUAUGCAUUGUCGUGGGGCGCCUGCAUGUCAGGCAGUGCCCACUCAUGGACCCAGGAGUUACCGUUCUGAUGACUGUAGUAGCAGCUGUGGUCACAGUGUCCAUCCUGCUGUUCCUCUUCUGGUACCAUCGCGCAGCUUUUCGCGAGGUUGGCCGCAAAAUCACCGAACAAGUUGAAAGUUUGGCACACUUGAAGGAUGACGAUCGAGUCUGA